CAGCAACAUACAGCUCAUCGCCUUCCCAAGCACUCAUCCUCCUCCCAAAUCUGCUUCACGGCUCUCCACAACAUCAACUUCCAAGAUGAAGACCUCUUUCGCCAUCGCCUCCAUCCUCCUCGCCGCCAGCUCCGUCCUGGCGGCUCCCACCGACGCUCGCCCGCCCAAGUACACUCCUCUUCCCUCGCCCAGCGGCGGCAGCUACGACCCGUGCUCGGGCCUCUACGAUUCCGCCCAGUGCUGCGCCACCGACGUCCUCGGGGUCGCCGACCUCGACUGCGACACUCCCCCCAAGGCUCUGACCUCGGCCAAGCAGUUUGGCGAGACUUGCGCCAAGAUUGGCCAGCGCGCCCGCUGCUGUGUCCUCCCCGUUCUCGGCCAGGCUGUCCUCUGCCAGACCCCGGCCGGCCUCUGAUUUCGUAUCUGUCAAACAACACCACCACCAUCAAUCACUGUGGGGUUUGCGGAUAGAGGUCCUCUUGUCACGGACAUCCAAAAGUUAUUGCUUAGUGGUGGUUUGAUGCGAAGUUUGGCCACUGUCACCUGCAUGAUACUGCAGGAAGCAAUGUUCAAGCACUGGGCAAGAGCACCAAAAGGCCCUAUAUGGAUUGUCAUGACGUCUCAGGCCUGCAGUUCCUGUGGCUCUCAAAUGGCGGUCCUUGAUUGAUUGGAAAAGAAAGGGGUUUAUUGUGCUACUUACAUUCAUGUGAUGGAAAUUGUGGAGGGGUCACUACGAGAAAACAAUAUGACUGGCAUGGGAUUACGCAGUGAUGUUCUGUCGUUUCUUAAUAUUAGACUAGUUUACAGGAGAAUGUCACCCUUGGUUGCAG